AUUCCGGGAAAACAGGGUAAGGAUGAGGUCGAGGCUUUGAACUGCGAGUUGGAGAGGGUGGGACCAAGCCGGAGGCAGAUCCAGUGCACGGUAACGCUUUCUGACGUCAUCGACACGCGCCGGAAGCACCGUUCACACGAGCGCUCGCACUGACCCGGCUGCGAGGAUGGCAGGCUUCGCGGAGCUCGGGCUGUCUUCGUGGCUCGUGGAACAGUGUCGGCAGAUGGGUUUGAAGCAGCCCACGCCUGUGCAGCUGGGCUGCAUCCCCGCCAUCCUGGAGGGUCGGGACUGCCUGGGCUGUGCCAAGACAGGCAGCGGCAAGACAGCAGCGUUUGUCCUGCCCAUCUUGCAGAAGCUGUCUGAGGAUCCCUAUGGCAUUUUCUGCCUCGUGCUGACACCCACCAGGGAGCUGGCCUAUCAGAUCGCAGAGCAGUUCCGGGUCCUGGGAAAGCCUCUGGGCUUGAAAGACUGCAUCGUCGUUGGCGGCAUGGACAUGGUGGCCCAGGCCCUGGAGCUCUCCCGGAAACCACACGUAGUCAUUGCCACACCGGGGCGCCUGGCUGACCACCUCCGCAGCUCUAACACCUUCAGCAUAAAGAAGAUCCGCUUCCUGGUGAUGGAUGAGGCGGACAGGCUGUUGGAGCAGGGUUGCACUGACUUCACUGUCGACCUGGAGGUCAUCCUGGCAGCCGUGCCUGCCCGCAGGCAGACGCUGCUCUUCAGCGCCACGCUGACCGACACACUGAGGGAGCUUCAGGGCCUGGCCACCAACCAGCCCUUCUUCUGGGAGGCUCAGGCCCCGGUGCGCACCGUAGAACAGCUGGACCAGCGCUACCUGCUAGUGCCUGAGAAGGUCAAGGAUGCCUACCUGGUCCACCUGAUCCAGAACUUCCACGAUGAGCAUGAGGACUGGUCUAUCAUCAUCUUCACCAACACGUGCAAGACCUGCCAGAUCCUAUGCAUGAUGCUACGCAAGUUCAACUUCCCCACUGUGGCUCUGCAUUCCAUGAUGAAACAGAAAGAACGCUUCGCCGCCCUGGCCAAGUUCAAGUCCAGCAUCUACAGGAUACUGAUCGCAACGGACGUGGCCUCCCGGGGCCUGGACAUUCCCACUGUGCAGGUGGUCAUCAACCACAACACCCCCGGACUCCCAAAGAUCUACAUCCACCGAGUUGGCCGGACAGCUCGCGCAGGGCGGCAAGGACAGGCCAUCACGCUGGUGACGCAGUAUGACAUCCACCUGGUUCACGCCAUCGAGGAGCAGAUCAAGAAGAAGCUGGAGGAGUUCCCAGUGGAGGAAGCCCAGGUCCUGCAGAUCCUCACACAGGUCAACGUGGUGCGCAGGGAGUGUGAGAUUAAACUGGAGGCAGCCAACUUCGAUGAAAAGAAGGAGAUUAACAAGAGGAAGCAGAUGAUUCUGGAGGGGAAGGACCCUGACCUGGAGGCGAAGCGCAAGGCCGAGCUGGCCAAGAUCAAGCAGAAGAACCGGCGCUUCAAGGAGAAAGUGGAGCAGACACUGCAGCGGCAAAAGGCCAGCAGGGCUAACCGCAGGGGGCGCCCACCCAGGGCCCGGCCUGAGGCCUCCUUGUCCCCAGCACCCGCUCAGGGUCCAGCCUGAGUUCCGCACAGCACCCACUUGCCCAGCCUGGGACUCCUUCAUCAAGCUGAGGGUUGGAGCGCCCUCCCCUGAGGACAGAACCCUCUCCCAGCCUGCCCAGUGCCCCUCAGCAGAGCCCGUUGACACACACGUUGUACAGUGCACAGCCCUCCACCCUGCAGCCUCUGGUGGCCCCUUUUCAGAGCCUUGGCCAAGAGGCGGGCUGCUGAGGAAGCGAGAACACUGGCUGUGAGGUUGGGCCCCGGUCCACCUGGGGCACAGUAACCCCAGCCCAGGGUCACCCUGGAUGUGCGAUGAGCAAAGGUGUGUCACUUGCAGGCGGUGCUUAAUAAAUGAGGCUUUUAGCUUCUGCA